UUCGAGAAACAGAGAGGAGCGGUGGGGCAUGAGGAGUGAAGAAAAGAAGAAGAAGAGGGACAAGAGAGGGAAGAGGGAGAGGAGCGAGAGGUGGCAGCAGCUAGGGCUGCAGCACCUCUGUUUCCUGCAGGUGGAAACAGAGGAGAGGUGUGGGGCGUUGGAAGAGGAGAAGAAGAAGAAGAGGAAGAGGAAGCAGGAGAAGAGGUUGUGAUACCUCUGUUUCCUGCAGAGGAAACAGAGGAGAGGGUGGGUGUGACGUCGGGGAGAAGAAGGGGAGGAAGGAGAAGAAGAGAAGAAGAAGAAAGGAAGGAGAAGGAAGAAGAGAAGGGAAAGGAGGAGCUGCGGCGGUGGCAGCUGCAGCUGGAAGAGAAGGAGAGGAAGAGAUGGUGAGGAAGAAGAGAAGAAGUGGAAGCGGGUGAAGAGGCGGCACCUCUGUUUCCUGCAGGAGGAAACAGAGGAAAGGAGGUGCUGUUCGUCGGGGAGAAGAAGGGGAGGAAGGAGAAGAAGAGAAGAAGAAGAAAGGAAGGAGAAGGAAGAGGAGAAGGGAAAGAAGUAGCUGCGGCUGCGGUUGUGGCAGCUGCAGCUGUGGCAGGGAAAGAGGAAGAGGAAGGAAGAAGGGAAGGAGAGGAAGAUGAGAAGGGGAAGGAGGGGCUGCAGCUGCGGCGAUGGCAGCUGCAGCUGGAAGAGAAGAGGAAGAGAAAGGAAGAAGGGAAGGAGAGGAAGAAGAGAGGAAGAGGAGAAGGGGCUGCGGCUGCGGCGAUGGCAGCUGCAGCUGUGGCAGGGAAAGAGAAAAAGGAAAGGAAGAAGAAGAGAAAGGGAAGGAGAGGAAGAAGAGAGGAAGAGGAGAAGGGGCUGCGGCUGCGGCGAUGGCAGCUGCAGCUGUGGCUGGGAAAGAAGAGAAGGAAAGGAAGAAGAAGAGAAAGGGAAGGAGAGGAAGAAGAGAGGAAGAGGAGAAGGGGUGGCAGCUGCGGCAGUGGCAGCUGCAGCUGGAAGAGGAGGAGGAAAUAGAGCAGGGGAGGAAGAAGAGGCUGCGAGUGUGGUGGCUGCGGCCGUGGCUGCGACUCCGGCUGCGGCUGCGACGUUGGCUGCGGUAGCUGCGGCAGCGGUGGUGGCUGCAGUAGCUGCAGUAGCUGCUUUUGGGAAAGAGAAAGAGUAGGAACAAGAGAAGGGAAGAAGGAAAUAGUGCAGUGGAAGGGGCUGCGCUUGUGACCGCAGUUGCGGUCGUGGCUGCGAUUGUGGCAGCGGCAGCGGCGGCGGCUGUGGCAGCUGCGUUUGGGAAAGAAAAAGAAGGAAUGGGAGUAAGAGAGAGCAGGUGACUGUGCCUCGAUGUUCGACACGUGAUGUAGUUACGACGAAAGGAAGAAAACGGGAGCACAAAACGAAACAGAGAGAGGACACGGAGGAAAAGUAGAAAGAUUGGACUGGCACCUUCCUUGGAUAUUCAGAUCAAAUAUUUGAAAGGUCAGCUUGUCACUCUUCGAGAUGUUUGAUUUGGGCUGAGGCAGUGGAUAGCUAUUCAGAAUUAUGGGCAAGUCUUGUCGGUUGUUAUGCUAUUGUUGUAUAAGCAUAUUUUGUAUGUAAUGAAUUGUUCCGAAGAUCGAAAUGGAUAUACUGUGUAAAAGUGUUAGAAGAUCUCUCUUAUUUGGAAUUUCGGAAUGUUAAGUCUAAUUUAUGACGAUAUGAACUUGUGGUGAAUAGUUGGAGUUCUGAUUGUAUAAUUUAUUUAGCUUGUGGAUUUAUAAAUGUUGUUCA